AUGUUUGCCACAAGGUAUGUUCAUCCAACUAAUGGACCGGCAAGUGGCAGUCACAUCUUAUCAUUGCUGCCAUCCGAGCCCGUGAACUCAGAACUGGCCAUUGGAAUCACAACCCAACUUCCACCGACAACAGACUCGUUCAAAGGAAACCCAAAAUUCUUGAACAUCGUCCAAGAUGUGUGCUCUAAGUAUGCGGUUGAAGACCCUGAUGCCAAGUCACAAGCUCAGGUCAUGGUAUCAAUUGCCGGGGCGAACUUGAGUUCGGGCGGUGUCCUUCUCGGUGGCCAGCGUGGGCGCAGACGUCGUGGUGAAAGCGGCGAUUCCAGUGGUGGUGCUAGUGGUCAAGGCGGCGCGGGCUCCGGAGGUCGUGGAGGGUGGAUCCAUAUCUCUGAUACCAGACGUCCGCCUGACUAUGGACGGAUCGCUUGGCCGGAGGACAUGUUUGGAAGUCUUGAAGUUGACCCCAAUGGUCAAUUCGUUGGAAACAACGGCAACUAUCAACCAAGCGGUACUUACCGAGUUGUGACUCGAGAUGGAAUCUUUGGUCUAAGCCCCUUCCUCAGGGAGAAGCUUGUACAGAAGCUUCAAGAACUUGAAAAAUGA